UAAUAACCCUACAACUCACUGAUGAGGAUACUAUCAUACUUACCAAGUACGAUGAGAUUAAUAAAAGUCCCUCAGACAUCUAUACGAUGACCACAAUGGAAUAUCCCAAUAUCACACUUCCUGAAAUGCCCAAAAUCCAAUUUCCUUCACUUGAACCAAUUUUUGAAAAGAUUGGAUUUGGUGCCGCAGGAAUAAUUAAAGGAGGUUUCGCAGCGAUAUGUCAAUCUAUAGGUGCUUUAGGUGAUGCUGGAUUAG